GACAAAGAUGGGCAAAUGAUUAGUUCUGUCUGAUUCAAGUCCCGCUAGCUGCGCUUGUUUUCUAAAGAUAGGCAGUUGAUUACUCUUGCCUGGAUGAUUAGGCCUGAAUGAGGUAUAUGACUUAGGUUUAGUUUUAACAACAGCGAACAUGUAACACUGCUAAAUCACAGAAUCCUGGAGAGAAAAAAAAAAAGCAUGAUUUCCACAAAAAUAUUAAACCGCACAACUGGAUUGAAGACAAUGAAGAUUAGAGCAAUGGCUGCUUUUACACAGACACACUGUGAAGUGAACAACACUGAAUAACCCGUGUGGUCCGAUCCAACAGACGAGCUACUGUAGCUCAGACUGCUCAGUAAGUUAAUGCUGGUUCUGAUGGAAUGGUGACAGAAUACACAGUGCAUCAGUUUGUUGCCACAGACCAGUCAGGGUGCCAAUGCUGACCCCUGUUCACCGCAGAAAGUGCCAAUAGUGGGCAGAUGAGCUUUAGAUCUGGACACGGAGCAAUGGAAGAAGGUGGCCUGGUCUGAUGAAUCACAUUUUCUUUUACAUCAUGUGGAUGGCCAGGUGCGAGUCAUCGCUUACCCGGGGAACACAUGACACCAGGAUACACUAUGGGAGGAAGACAAGCCGGCGGAGGCAGUGUGAUACUUUGGGCAAUUUUCUGCUGGAAACCUUGGGUCCUGCCAUCCUUGUGGAGUUUCUUUGACACAGACAACCUACCCAAGCAUUGUUGCAGACCAUGUACACCCUUUCAUGGAAACAGUAUUCCCUGGUAGCUGUGGACUCUUUCAGUAGGGUAAUGCGCCCUGCCACAAAGCAAAAAUGGUUCAGGAAUUGUUUUGAGGAGCACAACAACGAGUUUGAGGAGUUGACUUGGCCUCCAAAUUCCUCAGAUCUCAAUCCAAUCGAGCCUCUGUGGGAUGUGCUGAACAAACAAGUCCAAUCCAUGGAGGCCCCACCCCACCACUUACAGGAUUUAAAGGAUCUGCUGCUUACGUCUUGAUGCCAGAUACCACAGCACAACUUCAGGGGUCUAGUGGAGUCCAUGCCUCGAGGGGUCAGGGCUGUUUUGGGACCAACACAAUAUUAGGAAGGUGGUCAUAAUGUUAUGCCUGAUCAGUGUAUAUAUAUAUAGCAUGGAGGAAUAUGAUUGUCUAGCCCUGAAAUGACCCUCCAGACAUGCAGUAUAACAUUUGUUGAAGAUGCUGAAGUCUGUCAUGCUUUUCCUUUCUCAAGUGACUUGAUUUCUCUUACCAGAAGGAAUUAACGUGAUGUAUGUGACCACCUUCCUGCGUUAUGUUAGGCUUGGUGGUAGAUGUGUUUGUGCUCGUAUGGUUCAGAGGAGGAAUCUCUCAGGAGCGGAUGCCAUUAAUGCCCUGCGGCCCUUUUACUUUGCAGUACACCCUGAUUUCUUUGGCCGGCAUCCAAGAGAGAGAGAAGUAAAUGACAACUCCCUGAAAAGGCUAAAUGGUUAUCUGGAAAAUCUUCAGAAGCCUGGGGCAAGAUCCCCCAAACCUGCAAACCUCACUUUUUAUGUCAGGGACACAAAAGAAAAAGCAGACUCCAGUGGUAGUCUGCUAGCCUCAGAAUUCCGUUCGGUGACCUUCACCCUGCAGUCUAAGGAUGUUCUGAGCACAGUGUUGGAUGUUCUGAGGUCCUGUAGCCUCUCGGUUGAACAUAUGCAAGAUGUGCUCAAGGAUGAGACAGAGAAGAGCUCGACACAACAGCCUGGAACAGCUUUCUAUCGGCCCAUCAAAUGGGACAAGACUUAUUACACUUUCACAGGAUUCAGGGACCCAGAGCAGGAGUUAGAACAAGCCAGAAGAGUCGAGCCCACACUCAGUUUAUGGCUGAGAAACAAUGAGUCAGAGGCCACAAAGAAACAGAAUGCAAGUCUUCCGCGGCGUGAAGAGCUGAAAAGACUGAAAAGAGAGCUGAUUCAGAAACUUGGUUUGUUGGAUAUCAGGUGGCAGCGCAAAUGGGGAGUUGCACACAAAUGCAGUCAGCUGCAGAGUCUGGGUCGGCUCUCCACACAAAUCCCUGAGGCUCUGCACAUCUUGAGCGGUCACGUAAUAGUUUUUACUGACCAAUCAGGGAUGAAUGCCUCAGGGCAUGUUAUGUUAGGAACAAUGGAUGUCCACCAUCAGUGGACAAAGCUCUUUGAAAGAUUGCCGAGUUACAGAAGCCUGUUCCAGCAGUCGGACUGGCUGAAGGAGCGCAUCAGUCACCUGUUGGGAGGGAUUCAGGUGAUCCACAUCGAGCGGAUGGGUCCUGCUCUGCCUCUGGAGGAACAUUACAGUACCCUCAACACUUUCCACAAGAGACUGUUCCCUCAGCGCCUCUCCCUGCACCCCCGCAGCAUGCAAGGCCUCACAAUGAGCUUGGAAAAUGACCGCUCCACCCCCUGCCUGCAUGAGAUGGGCCACUUCAUCAUCCCCACUAUGUGUGACACCCUCCAGCUCCAGAACUUCCUCCAGAGCCAGGCCCAGGAGGCCCGGAGACGCAUGCGACGCAAAGACAAGUUGGAGGCAGAGGAAGAAGACAUCAUUUCGAGCUGUCUGCAGGACUUGUCUCUGCACAGUCUGUCUAAAGAGCCCAGUGUGUCGAGCAGUCAGAUGAUCCCCUGCUGCAGGCGUCUGAUGGAGGAGAGAUCCCCGCAGAUGCAGGGCCUUCAUCUCUACAUCUCUCACUUCUAUUCAGUCAUGCAGGAUGGGGAUCUGUGUAUUCCCUGGGACUGGAAGGGCUGAAACACUCUAUUUGGACUUUAUCACUGUGCCUCUCAGGCUCAGGUGUAGUCAAAUAAUAUUUUGAAGAUGUUGGCCUAGUGUAUAGGCAUAAUCAUAAAUGCACUUUCUUUCUAAAAUACUAGCACAUAGUGUUGUGCUUCUGAGGCAGUGGGCCCCAGUCAUGUGAUGUUAUAACUUUGCAUAGAAGGUUUGAUGUUUAUUUGCACUGCCAAACCAUACACAUUACUCAUGAGCCGAUUGUGUCUCAAUCUAUUAUAAAAAAUAGCUCUUGGAAAAACUGAUAAGGCUCUUUUUUGUCUUAAAAAAAUCAGCUGCUAGUUACACCAUAUCAGAGGUUUAUAAUACUGGAAUUCUAAUCAUGUUUUGGUUAGUUUAACAUGCAACUUUAGGUUUUUUAAUGCACACUUUAGGUUGGUUCUGAUUUUCAGUGUAGUGUUGGAAUCAUGCUCCAUAUGAGUGACUGAGUCUUCUUUAUUUCAAAACCCCAGUGUUCCCGACUGACAGAAGAUAAACACAUUUACUAACUUUAAUACUAUCUGCCAAAAUCUAAAAUGCACAGUCUAAAUUCAGAUGUGUUUUGACAAAAGAUUUUGUCUAAAUGCUAAAUAUAUCCAAGUAUUAAAAAAUGGAAAAGUGUUCUCUUCAGAUGUAGUGUACUGUAUGUACAUUAUCAAUCCUAAAUGCUGUAAUAUUGUCUGUCUUGAGAUGUAGUGUACAGUGUAUCCAUGUUGUUUGCUGCUAUUGUGUUUCAAAGGUUUAUACUGUGAUAUCUGUAUGUAUGAUAAAUAUCCAACUGUGUAACCACAAAAUUUAAACAAUGGUUCAGAUGUUACCAGUCAGUAUUGUAUACAUUGUUAAUAUGUACCUUUUUGGUUUACAAUGUUUACAAGAUUUUGCCAUUGACAUCUUGACAGACAAGUCCGUGAAUUUUCCUCUCUAACAGGUAUGAAUAAAUGAUAAUAUAAUGAUAAUAAUAA